AUGAAUGGAUAUCCUGUUGUUGAAGUUGGUAAAGAUCAGAUUAUACUACCUCCAGAUAUCCAUGAAAUGAUCAAAAGAAAAAGUAGCCGUGAUCCAAGUUCAAGGUUUGCGAAUAAACUUCAUAUCUUAUUAAAAUUUGCAGGAAGCGAUCCGAAAAUGAUAGAAUAUAUUGGCGCGGGUUGGAUAUCAGAUACGCAAUUUAGAAUCAAUAAAAAGCGAUUAGGCGCAGUUAUGGAAAUUAAACUUAAUACAUUGAACGUUAAUUUACGUGAUCUUGGGUUUCAACAAUUACAACAAGAUAAGAACGGUUGGACAGAGUGGACUCGUGAGAAAUUUACUAUCACAAGUACCUUAAGUGACCUUGCAGAUAUUACUUCAGAUAAGAACGGCCAAAAAGAUGUUGCCAAGCAACUCAAAUCUUCAAAUAUUGAUGAUUCACAGUCCUCUAAGUUUGUUAUUUUGCGUGAUGUAAUGAUCAGCAAAUGCGACCCAGAAAUCCAGCAGCAAUUUAGAAGAUUCACCGUUUCAAUAUGGGAUGAACUUAUAGAAGCUUCCGGUGGAAAAACUACAUUCACACUUGACGAUUUUAUUUUUUUAGCAGCUAGACGCUUCAGAAUAUCAAAGCAGUCAUUAAAAAAUGCGACGCAACUAAUACGAGUUAUAUUCUUAUGCGCCGAUACUACACAAGUAACGUUAUCCGAUUUUACAAAAUUUAUGGCCAAAUUUGGUCCAGAAGAAACAUUAAUGGAGAAGGUCGGCGGCAUGCUCUCUUCCUCAAACCAUCAUGGAAAUUGGCUUAAUGUUACUACAGAUCCUUCAGGGCUUUCAAAUCCUGAUGGUCUUUAUGGAUAUUUUGAUAAUACAGAACAGAACUGCAUAAUAUUUGUUUAUCAGAAUAUAUUUACCUUCAAGGUAUGGAAUCGAGUAAAUGUCGCAUCUUCAGAUGGAAAAUACUUGGUUGAUCAGAAUGACAACGAAUAUGACUCAUGGGAGCAGUUUUUCCAAAUUAAUCCAAUGAAAAUACAAGAGCCAUCCUUAAAUCCACUCGGAGUUUUUUGGUAA